CUAACCACAGACUAUAUACACAGUUGGGCAGGAGGAGCAAGUUCAGCUUUCUUACUGAUUUUUUCCUCAAGGAUCAGUUGCUUGAUUGCAGAGUUGUAACAAGUUUCAGAGCUGAAUGCUGUGAGUCUCGACUGAGAAAAAUAUGGGAAAUGAGCAAUCCAUGAACACAGAGCCAGUUGAGAAUGGGAAAAUAUCUGAGAAGCAUGAAAAUGGAUCAGUAAAUGGCCUUUCUGCAAAAAUCACAUCUAAUGGAUUGGAGACUGAUGAUAAGAGUGAGACUAUACUCCACCAAAAUGGCGAGCCCCACUCCUUGACCUUUGCCACAGAAUCAUCUGAAUAUGUGAUAAUUGAAUCAGAAUGCCAAGCUGCCAGUGCCCAGGUUAUUUCUGACAUCCCUGACACCACCACCCAGAAGGAAGAGGUCAAGAAAAGCAAAGAAGAAAAAAUUAAUCUUUUUAACAGAAUGUUCCGAAAGAAGGCAGAACCUCCUCGUGGUGUUGAGAGUGCUGAAGAAAAGAGAACCUCUGGUGAAGAUCAGACAGAUGUAAGUCUUCCUUCCACUGAUCCACAGCAGGAGACGACUAACCAAAAGCAAGAAUCUGAACCAUUAACGUUACCAGAGAGUGUGACUCCAGACUGUGGUCCAGAGGAAGAGAACGUUCCUGAAACUGACAACGGAAACAGUGAGCCUGUGGAAAGCCAAGAGGAGAGCAACCCAGAAGAGAAUCCAGUUAUGAACUUCUUCAAAACCCUGGUGACUACCACUAAAACAUCCAAAAAGGAAACCGCUACUCCUGAUGCCACAAAAGAGCAGUCCCAGAAGGAGACCCAACCAGCAGCAACCACUACUGUUGCACAAAUAUCUGAACCGCCUGCAGCACCCAAAGGAAUGUCAAUCCCACCACCACCUCCUCCAGAGCCACCAAAAAUGGAAAUCAAAGGAGAACCAAGUGCCAAACCUGUAAAGCCAGUGCCAAAGGAAGAACCCAAAGCUGCUGCGAAGCAACCUGAGUCCUCAAAAGGAAAAUCAGCCAAAGAUACUCUGAGCAAAUUCUUCCGCCCCAAGGUACUGCUAGGAGUCCAGAUAUCCAGAGGCAAGGGUGCUUCAGCAAGUGGAGCCAAGACUGCAGCAGUGGGGAAACCAGUGGAGGUGCCAGAGCCUGCAGUAAAAGUGCAGAUUGAAAAUAAGGUUGAGCCUCAGGAGCCGGAAGCCGAGGUGGCACAGCCAGUUUUAGAAGUGCAGAUGGUGGAUGGUUUGCCACAGCCAGAGGUAGAAGCUGAGAAGGUGGAUCCCUCAAAAUCUGGCACUUUGGAGGCAGCUGCAAAGCCCGAACCGCCGCCACCUGUUCAGGAAGAAAAGAAAAAAGCUUCAAAAUCACCUUUCUUUUCCCUCUUCAAGCCCAAAGUACUGUUAGAUCACAUGACCACAAAAGUCCAGGCAGCCUCCACAAGUGGAGUUCGGCUCCUGAGGAAAACUACUGGACUGGCUGCUGAGUCUAAGAAGGCGACCCCGACUCCACCUGCAGCAGCAGAGGCGACUCAGGCGGUCAAAACCAAGGAGGAACCCAAAGCAGCAGCCAAGUCAUCAGAGGCUGUUGUAGAUAACAAACCAGCUUCAGUGGCCUCUCAAGCUGGAGAUGAUGCAGCCAAUGUGCCCAAAAGACUGGAGAAGAGGAACUCCAUCCAGCUGUUCUUCAAAAAUCUGGGUCAGAAACGUCAUUCCACAGACGCUGGUGUCCAGACAGAGCCAGUGACUGUUGCUCCAGCAGCUGAGAAAGCCAAAUGAAACCACAACCAACCUUUCCCUGUACAGACUCCCUCACUUCCACUCAAUCUUUAUCUCUCUCUCAUCACCCCUUCAACCCCACUGAAUUACUUUAACUGCAUUUUUGUUUUGUUUUGUUUUUGUUACUGUUUAGAAAUUAAAAUAUGAAAGGAAGAGUUAUUGGAAGGACAAAAGAAAGUGAACAGCUGUGAGAAGGAGGAGCAAGUAGGUAUUUGAACUAGUGGAGAUGCUAAAUGGUCACAUGUGAUGGUGAGGUUGUUGAGAUAUAUAUAUUUUUGGUCAUAUAAAUGUCUUGGUAAGUACAACGAUGUUUGUGUGAAACAUUUUCUACAAGCAUUUAAUGUGACUUCUCUCUGUUUUGCAAUCUAACAUGCUACGCUUAUGCAGUAUACUGUAUAGUGCAUGCUGUGCUUUAGGCAAUUAAGUUGUCUGGAAAACUUAAAAACACAGUUGCAUAUAGGUUCUAUUUUUACAGUUCAUACAAGGAAAUUCAUGCAGUUGUGGCAAUGCACAGGUUAAUAUGAAAUGAUACUGAAAAGGGGACCUAAAUAUAAACAUACAACUCUUAACAGAGCUGAUAUAAGGAACCCUAUAGCAGAUUGGACUUACAGAUCUAACUCUGUGUCAGAUAUAUGUAGACUAAAGCACAGACAUAACAGUUAUGUACUGGACUGAACGGGAAAUCACAAUCUUUACUGUUCUGUGGGGAACUGAUUGUAAAUACUCACAAAAGCAUCUGAGGUGGCAAAAUGGUGGCACUGCGCAAAUGUGUCCUUGUGGUGCGUUUUGCAGUUGUCAUAAAUCACAGUAGCUUUUAAUUUGAGUUCAGCACUUUGUCUCAUGUCGUUUAACCGACGUCUUACGGUGUUAGUCAUUUGUGUUUGGCAUAUGUGCAAUUAAUAUGAUGCUUUUGUUUGCCUCUAUGUAUACGAAGAUGUGUAACUUUGGCAUAUCCUGAUGACAAUAAAUAUGUUUACCAAC